UGUGUCCAUGGCUAUGAAUAAAUUAAAAAAAUAAAUUGUCUGCGCUGUCAAAACAAAGUGAAUGGGGACCUAAUAUUUUUAUUUGUUAUUAGAAUUUUAAACCAUGGCUGGAUUUUGCCUGAAGGACAGCGACGAGUACUACCUAUCCCUUACAGAACAACCGAAGAGAUUCGACGCAGAUAGUCCAGUGACAAGUGUGUUUUUCGACGAUACUAAUGGCCAGGUGUUUAGCGUACGAUCAGGCGGCAUCGGAGGCGUCACAGUCAACAGCAUGGACGAGUCGAAGUGCACGUCAUUCCAAAUGGAAGAUAAAGGCGCCAUAAUCUCUAUAAAGUUUUCCCCAGACCAGAAGAUAUUAGCAAUCCAACGCAAUCAAGACAACCAGAGUGCUACUGUAGAGUUUGUGAACUUCAAAGAUCUGACACCCACGAAUGUGGAAUACUCUCACACUUGUAAGUGGAAGAAUGCUAAGAUGCUGGGUUUUGUGUGGCCAAGAGUCAAUGAGAUUGCAUUCAUAACAGACCAUGGUAUUGAGUUGUUGCAAGUACUGCCCGAGAAGAAACAGUUGAAGAGUUUGAAAAAUACCACUUUUAGUGGUGCUUGGUUCUCGUGGUGUUCUCAGAGCAACAUUGUGUUGCUGGCCGGGAACAAUGGUGUGCUACUGCAACCAUUCUCACUCAACAACUCCACUGUAACUAAACUACAGAAACUUGAGUUGGAUGCAGCCAAGCCCGUGGUAGAACGAGAUGUGUUCCUACUGCGGUUGUGUGACGCGACUUGGUGUGCCGUGUUCCGGCAUGCGAGCUUGGCCACCGUAGCAGCUCCUGGACCCACAGAGGUUUGGUUGAUGCCAAUUUCAGGCCCGACUGGUUUCCACUACACACAUGUGUUGAAGACUGGUUUAGCAGGACGGUUCGCUGUCAGUGUUGUUGAUGAUCUCAUCAUUGUGCAUCACCAGUCGAGUCAAACGUCGCAAGUGUUCGACAUAAUGGAAGAGUCGGCGGUGGAAGGCGGCAGCGUGUUCCACGUUCCAGUGGUGGCCGGCAGCAGUAUGCGACCCGCCGUGGUCGACGACAGGCCUUGUCCAAUGUACUCUGGUACCUGGGUAGUGUUCCAACCGGACUACAUCAUAGACGCGCGGCUCGGCUGUCUGUGGCAAGUGAAACUUGUACUUUCUGGACUAGCAUAUUCGGUGCCAAAAGACUCAAUUCCAAAGAUCGUUGCGGUUUUGUUGAGGCGCAACAACAGCGACGACACGAUAUAUAGGAUACUGAACCAGCUGGUGAACGAUGCUGCUGUUUACCUGCUAGAGCUCAGCAAGAUAUUCGACGAAAUUAACUCCGUGUACAGGAAGUGGGCGGAGGUGGAGAUGGCUCGCAAUACGGCGGGAGCGAGCGCGGCGCUGGUGGCCGGCGUCAGGCACAGGUCUCGAGCCAUGCUGUCGCAGGAGGAAGUUUGCGCCAGGGUACUGCUGCCCCAUACUGACCAUCCUCUGCUAGUGCAGGUGGUGACGGCAUUCCUGGCAUCUCUAUGGCGGCAGGGCCUGAGCGUGCAGCAAGCAGCCGGAGCGCUGUGUGUGCGCGCUCUAGUGUUGAGAGGUGCACGCGGGCGGCUGCGCGCGCUGGUGCGGCGCGGCGCGCUGGGCGACCACAAGCCGCUCGCCUGCCAGCUGCUCUCCCUCGGGCACCUCGACCGCGCCGCCGCGCAGCUCGCGCUCGACAUGAUGUGGCGGCUCAGGGCCUGCUCGGUCAGUAUCACACUAGUGUUGAGAGGUGCACGCGGGCGGCUGCGCGCGCUGGUGCGGCGCGGCGCGCUGGGCGACCACAAGCCGCUCGCCUGCCAGCUGCUCUCCCUCGGGCACCUCGACCGCGCCGCCGCGCAGCUCGCGCUCGACAUGAUGUGGCGGCUCAGGGCCUGCUCGGUCAGUAUCACACUAGUGUUGAGAGGUGCACGCGGGCGGCUGCGCGCGCUGGUGCGGCGCGGCGCGCUGGGCGACCACAAGCCGCUCGCCUGCCAGCUGCUCUCCCUCGGGCACCUCGACCGCGCCGCCGCGCAGCUCGCGCUCGACAUGAUGUGGCGGCUCAGGGCCUGCUCGGUCAGUAUCACACUAGUGUUGAGAGGUGCACGCGGGCGGCUGCGCGCGCUGGUGCGGCGCGGCGCGCUGGGCGACCACAAGCCGCUCGCCUGCCAGCUGCUCUCCCUCGGGCACCUCGACCGCGCCGCCGCGCAGCUCGCGCUCGACAUGAUGUGGCGGCUCAGGGCCUGCUCGGUCAGUAUCACACUAGUGUUGAGAGGUGCACGCGGGCGGCUGCGCGCGCUGGUGCGGCGCGGCGCGCUGGGCGACCACAAGCCGCUCGCCUGCCAGCUGCUCUCCCUCGGGCACCUCGACCGCGCCGCCGCGCAGCUCGCGCUCGACAUGAUGUGGCGGCUCAGGGCCUGCUCGGUCAGUAUCACACUAGUGUUGAGAGGUGCACGCGGGCGGCUGCGCGCGCUGGUGCGGCGCGGCGCGCUGGGCGACCACAAGCCGCUCGCCUGCCAGCUGCUCUCCCUCGGGCACCUCGACCGCGCCGCCGCGCAGCUCGCGCUCGACAUGAUGUGGCGGCUCAGGGCCUGCUCGGUCAGUAUCACACUAGUGUUGAGAGGUGCACGCGGGCGGCUGCGCGCGCUGGUGCGGCGCGGCGCGCUGGGCGACCACAAGCCGCUCGCCUGCCAGCUGCUCUCCCUCGGGCACCUCGACCGCGCCGCCGCGCAGCUCGCGCUCGACAUGAUGUGGCGGCUCAGGGCCUGCUCGGUCAGUAUCACACUAGUGUUGAGAGGUGCACGCGGGCGGCUGCGCGCGCUGGUGCGGCGCGGCGCGCUGGGCGACCACAAGCCGCUCGCCUGCCAGCUGCUCUCCCUCGGGCACCUCGACCGCGCCGCCGCGCAGCUCGCGCUCGACAUGAUGUGGCGGCUCAGGGCCUGCUCGGUCAGUAUCACACUAGUGUUGAGAGGUGCACGCGGGCGGCUGCGCGCGCUGGUGCGGCGCGGCGCGCUGGGCGACCACAAGCCGCUCGCCUGCCAGCUGCUCUCCCUCGGGCACCUCGACCGCGCCGCCGCGCAGCUCGCGCUCGACAUGAUGUGGCGGCUCAGGGCCUGCUCGGUCAGUAUCACACUAGUGUUGAGAGGUGCACGCGGGCGGCUGCGCGCGCUGGUGCGGCGCGGCGCGCUGGGCGACCACAAGCCGCUCGCCUGCCAGCUGCUCUCCCUCGGGCACCUCGACCGCGCCGCCGCGCAGCUCGCGCUCGACAUGAUGUGGCGGCUCAGGGCCUGCUCGGUCAGUAUCACACUAGUGUUGAGAGGUGCACGCGGGCGGCUGCGCGCGCUGGUGCGGCGCGGCGCGCUGGGCGACCACAAGCCGCUCGCCUGCCAGCUGCUCUCCCUCGGGCACCUCGACCGCGCCGCCGCGCAGCUCGCGCUCGACAUGAUGUGGCGGCUCAGGGCCUGCUCGGUCAGUAUCACACUAGUGUUGAGAGGUGCACGCGGGCGGCUGCGCGCGCUGGUGCGGCGCGGCGCGCUGGGCGACCACAAGCCGCUCGCCUGCCAGCUGCUCUCCCUCGGGCACCUCGACCGCGCCGCCGCGCAGCUCGCGCUCGACAUGAUGUGGCGGCUCAGGGCCUGCUCGGUCAGUAUCACACUAGUGUUGAGAGGUGCACGCGGGCGGCUGCGCGCGCUGGUGCGGCGCGGCGCGCUGGGCGACCACAAGCCGCUCGCCUGCCAGCUGCUCUCCCUCGGGCACCUCGACCGCGCCGCCGCGCAGCUCGCGCUCGACAUGAUGUGGCGGCUCAGGGCCUGCUCGGUCAGUAUCACACUAGUGUUGAGAGGUGCACGCGGGCGGCUGCGCGCGCUGGUGCGGCGCGGCGCGCUGGGCGACCACAAGCCGCUCGCCUGCCAGCUGCUCUCCCUCGGGCACCUCGACCGCGCCGCCGCGCAGCUCGCGCUCGACAUGAUGUGGCGGCUCAGGGCCUGCUCGGUCAGUAUCACACUAGUGUUGAGAGGUGCACGCGGGCGGCUGCGCGCGCUGGUGCGGCGCGGCGCGCUGGGCGACCACAAGCCGCUCGCCUGCCAGCUGCUCUCCCUCGGGCACCUCGACCGCGCCGCCGCGCAGCUCGCGCUCGACAUGAUGUGGCGGCUCAGGGCCUGCUCGGUCAGUAUCACACUAGUGUUGAGAGGUGCACGCGGGCGGCUGCGCGCGCUGGUGCGGCGCGGCGCGCUGGGCGACCACAAGCCGCUCGCCUGCCAGCUGCUCUCCCUCGGGCACCUCGACCGCGCCGCCGCGCAGCUCGCGCUCGACAUGAUGUGGCGGCUCAGGGCCUGCUCGGUCAGUAUCACACUAGUGUUGAGAGGUGCACGCGGGCGGCUGCGCGCGCUGGUGCGGCGCGGCGCGCUGGGCGACCACAAGCCGCUCGCCUGCCAGCUGCUCUCCCUCGGGCACCUCGACCGCGCCGCCGCGCAGCUCGCGCUCGACAUGAUGUGGCGGCUCAGGGCCUGCUCGGUCAGUAUCACACUAGUGUUGAGAGGUGCACGCGGGCGGCUGCGCGCGCUGGUGCGGCGCGGCGCGCUGGGCGACCACAAGCCGCUCGCCUGCCAGCUGCUCUCCCUCGGGCACCUCGACCGCGCCGCCGCGCAGCUCGCGCUCGACAUGAUGUGGCGGCUCAGGGCCUGCUCGGUCAGUAUCACACUAGUGUUGAGAGGUGCACGCGGGCGGCUGCGCGCGCUGGUGCGGCGCGGCGCGCUGGGCGACCACAAGCCGCUCGCCUGCCAGCUGCUCUCCCUCGGGCACCUCGACCGCGCCGCCGCGCAGCUCGCGCUCGACAUGAUGUGGCGGCUCAGGGCCUGCUCGGUCAGUAUCACACUAGUGUUGAGAGGUGCACGCGGGCGGCUGCGCGCGCUGGUGCGGCGCGGCGCGCUGGGCGACCACAAGCCGCUCGCCUGCCAGCUGCUCUCCCUCGGGCACCUCGACCGCGCCGCCGCGCAGCUCGCGCUCGACAUGAUGUGGCGGCUCAGGGCCUGCUCGGUCAGUAUCACACUAGUGUUGAGAGGUGCACGCGGGCGGCUGCGCGCGCUGGUGCGGCGCGGCGCGCUGGGCGACCACAAGCCGCUCGCCUGCCAGCUGCUCUCCCUCGGGCACCUCGACCGCGCCGCCGCGCAGCUCGCGCUCGACAUGAUGUGGCGGCUCAGGGCCUGCUCGGUCAGUAUCACACUAGUGUUGAGAGGUGCACGCGGGCGGCUGCGCGCGCUGGUGCGGCGCGGCGCGCUGGGCGACCACAAGCCGCUCGCCUGCCAGCUGCUCUCCCUCGGGCACCUCGACCGCGCCGCCGCGCAGCUCGCGCUCGACAUGAUGUGGCGGCUCAGGGCCUGCUCGGUCAGUAUCACACUAGUGUUGAGAGGUGCACGCGGGCGGCUGCGCGCGCUGGUGCGGCGCGGCGCGCUGGGCGACCACAAGCCGCUCGCCUGCCAGCUGCUCUCCCUCGGGCACCUCGACCGCGCCGCCGCGCAGCUCGCGCUCGACAUGAUGUGGCGGCUCAGGGCCUGCUCGGUCAGUAUCACACUAGUGUUGAGAGGUGCACGCGGGCGGCUGCGCGCGCUGGUGCGGCGCGGCGCGCUGGGCGACCACAAGCCGCUCGCCUGCCAGCUGCUCUCCCUCGGGCACCUCGACCGCGCCGCCGCGCAGCUCGCGCUCGACAUGAUGUGGCGGCUCAGGGCCUGCUCGGAGGUGGUGGAGGUGCUGCUGAGCUGGGACGAGCCGGUGAGCGCGGUGGGCGCGGCGCGGCAGGCGGACGCGGCGCUGUGGGCCGCGCUGGCGCCGCGCAAGCUGCUCGGCGCGGCGCAGCACUACGCCGCCGCCGCGCGCCGCCCGCACGCCUUCCUCGCCGUCUACCACGCGCUGCUCAACAGGAACGACGCGCUCCGGGGAGCCACGCACUUCUUGAAAGGCGAACAAUGUGAUAGCUACGUGGAGUAUUACAAACAAUUGACAUCAGAACAAUAGUAAAAGCAAAA